CCGCGCGUCCUCCGCCGCCAGGCCGCCCGCUCGCCCGGCCCGCGACUCAUGUCCCGCCGCAAGGCCGGCAGCACGCCCCGCCGUGUAGACCCCGCGCCGGCCGCCAGCUCAGACGACGGGAUGGAGAUGUCCGACCUCGUCAUCGAAAUGAAGCCCGACCCAGACGUGCGGCCCCUGCAGGCCUUGGGGCCGGGGCCCUUCUCCCCAAGGGAGGUGUCGGCGCCGGGCCGGUUCGGAGGCGAGCCCCGCUACUCUCCCGGCUCCGUGCCUGCCGGGGCCACCCUCCCCGCCCUCGGGGUGCGGAACCAGUGGGCUCUGUGGACGCUGACCCCGAACCCUUCCGACCGCCAGCCCUGGACCGACAAACACCCAGAUCUGUUGACCUGCGGCCGCUGCCUGCAGACCUUCCCGUUGGAGGCUAUCACUGCCUUCAUGGACCAUAAGAAGUUGGGCUGUCAGCUCUUCAGAGGCCCCAGCCCCUGCCUGGGCUCAGAACCCAAGGAGGUGAAGGCUUUGAGCUGUCUCCGCUGCGGCAGACAGUUCACAGGGGCCUGGAAAUUGCUGCGUCAUGCCCAGUGGGAUCACGGACUAUCCAUCUACCAGACGGAAUCGGAGGCCCCAGAGGCCCCCCUGCUAGGCCUGGCUGAGGUGGCUGCAGCCGUGUCAGCAGUGGUAGGGCCAGCAGCUGAGGCCAAGGUUUCCCGUGUGAGUAGCCUCACCCGGCGGAGCCCCACCUGCUCAGUGUGCAAGAAGACCCUCAGCUCCUUCAGCAAUCUCAAGGUGCACAUGCGCUCACACACAGGUGAGCGUCCAUACACCUGUGACCAGUGUCCUUAUGCCUGCGCCCAGAGCAGCAAGCUCAACCGCCAUAAGAAGACCCACCGGCAGCUGUCCCAGAGUCCCUCCUUGGCUGAUGCUAGCCAGGAUCAGGCUUCUGCAGCCCCUCCAGAGCCAGCUGCCCACGCUGCUGCCCCAGCCAGCACCCUCCGGUGCAGCAGUGGUGAGGGGGCUGGAGCCGCAGCUACUGCAGGUGUUCAGGAACCUGGGGCUCCUGGCAGUGGGGCUCAGGCAGGCCCAGGUGGGGGUGAUUGGGGAGCUGUUGCCAAAGAACAGAGAACUGAUCCUGCAAAGAGCCAGAAGAUGUCACCUAAGAAGACCCCCAAAUCUGCUGGCAAGAGCCGUGGGCCAGGGGGCAGCUGUGAGUUCUGCGGGAAACACUUCACCAACAGCAGCAACCUGACCGUGCACCGUCGCUCACACACUGGCGAGCGUCCCUACACCUGUGACCAGUGUCCCUAUGCCUGUGCCCAAAGCAGCAAGCUCAACCGUCACCGCCGCAUGCAUGGCCUAGGGCCUGGUAGCACCCGCUUUGAGUGUCCACACUGCUGUGUGCCCUUUGGCCUGCGUGCUACCCUGGACAAACACCUGCGGCAGAAGCACCCCGAGGUGGGUGAGGUCGCCUGAGCAUAAGAGUGCCCCCCCCUGCCUCUUGACACCUGUUGACACUGCCAACCUCCUUGUCCUUCCCUUUCUGCAAGUAAAUCAUACUCCCCUGUUCACACCCAGGCA